AUGUAGUAUAUUCAUAGACCUUAAGUUCAUGUAAUUUCUUACAGAAGCAGUACUUUUAAUAAAGAUUUUAUGAAUUUGAAUUUUGGUUAACUUCAUUAAGAUACUUAUAACUUGUCUAUUAGAGAUAUGGGCUUUCCUGAUUAGGGAAGCGGUUUUUAUUCUUAAAGAUUAGAUUAUUCUUCAUGGUUAAUUUUUAAUAAAGCUUAAAGAGUCCAUUAAAAUUUUGUUGAAACUUUAACUAUUAGUUUAUUAGCUAUUUUAAUUGGUGGUUUAUCUUUCCCUAUUUCUGUAGCUUCUGUUUCUUUGGCCGAAUUUAUUGGAAGAAUUUUCACACUUUCAUAUAUUUCUAGUAAAGGUGCUUCUCAUCCUUUGAGAAUUAUUGGUUUAAUACUUAUUUAUGGUGCUAUUAUUACUAAUAAUGUUUUUGCCUUUAUUACUGCUUCAAGAAUAUUAAAUGGACAAAAUGUUUAUUAAUGA